GUUUGCAUUCUAUAAAAAUAUCGCAUAUCGUUGCAGUAGGCUUCAGUUCUAAACCAGACAUCGGACGGCAACAACAAACAUUCAUUGCGGUCGUCUUAAUGCACAUCGUUGGAAUAAGUAGUAAAACGAAAAUCGGAAAAAAAGACUUACGCGAUUUAAUUUGUUCACGUUAGCCAGAGCAAACAAUCAAUUUGAACGAGUAGGUGAAACGUGUUAACCACAGCGAAACAAGACCUCUGUUCUCCCGUCGUUCCUCCAUCUUCCACCUGCACAAAACGUGCCAUUCCAAAUGGAACGUUGGCAAAAUCGCGUAGCUGCCGUCACUGGUGCCAGUUCGGGCAUUGGUGCUGCCAUUGCCAAAGAUCUGGUUAAUGCUGGCCUGAUUGUGGUCGGCUUGGCGCGUCGCACUCAACGUGUCGAGGAGAUACGCUGCACUUUAGCCACAAAUUUACAGACACGUUUACAUGUCGUCAAAUGUGAUGUUUCCGAUUUACAAUCUGUCAAUGAAGCUUUCGAUUGGAUCGAAAAGAAUUUGGGUGGUGUGGAUGUUCUUGUGAACAAUGCCGGCACCUAUACAGCCGGUCAGGUGCUGACCAUGGACCUGGGCGAGGUGGAGAAAACAUUACAAACCAAUCUAAUGGGAAUUGUCUAUUGCACACGGCGCGCCUACGCAUCGAUGCAGGAACGCAAUAUCAACGAUGGUCAUGUGGUGCUGAUUAAUAGCAUUGUAGGUCACCAUGUUUUCAAUUUGCCACCUGGUGUGGUGGCCCAAUUUAAUAUUUAUCCCCCCUCGAAACAUGCUGUAACAGGCUUGACGGAGGUAUUGCGUCAAGAGUUCAGAGAUUUGAAGACAAAAAUCAAGAUAACGAGCAUAAGUCCUGGCCUGGUGGACACUGAAAUAGUACCGGAAAAUUAUCAGGGAUUACCCAUGUUGAAACCCGAAGAUAUCUCAGCUGGAGUUAUGUAUGCCAUUGGCACACCGCCUCAUGUUCAAGUCCAUGAGUUGACUAUUAAACCAGUUGGCGAGACAUUUUGAGGCCGUGUGUAUGAUUUGUGGUGUUGUGUAAAUUAAUAUUCGAAUAUAGAAUUACAUUUGAAUUGUAAUAUCAAUGCUAACGAAUAUGUAAAUACAAAAAGGUGUGUUCAUUUUUUAAACACAUGAGAGCGCACUGAUAAUUGAAUAUUUAAAAAAUAAUAUGCAAUCUAGCUUAUAGUAAGGAA